AAGCCUAUCAAAUUUUGGCGCCGUUGCCGGGGACUAACGGUUUUCAUCUAAUUAUUUGUGAUUCGUUUUUGCUAAGAUUUUGGUUUGUUGCUUUGGCUAUUAUUAACUUCUUUUUCUCUUAUGAGUUGAUGAUAUACAUGCCUUGGAGAUGGAUGAUUUAUUGUCACGUCUUGCAUCUGGCCAUUGUUCUUGUUAUUAUCUUUAUCAUGAAAACCCUGAUUGCCCUUAUAGUGAGUAUUUUGUUCGAGCUCCGGAUGAUUUUAGAAUCUUUCCAUUCAUAUAUGAUUAUUCUAAAAAACGGUUUGUUCUAAAUGAAAUUUAUUGGAGGAUUCAUGAUGAAUAUUAUCAUAAUUUGUAUAAUACGUCGGAGGAAGAAUCAUUUGUUGAAAAACCGAUGGUUAAAGAGUCAUUGGUUAUAGAAUCAGUGGUUGAGGUAUCAUUGGUUCCAAUAGAAGAAGAAUCAUUAGUUGUAGAACCAUUGGUUGAAAAGUCAUUGGUUGUAGAACCAAUGGUUGAAAAUUCUUUUUCUUUUGCUAAUGAACUUAUUCGUGAGCGUAAAAUAAUAGAGACGUUAUUGGGUGAUGAUAAAGAACAAGACUACCUCCAUGUUCGUUCUAUUAAUUCUAAAUUUUUAGCGGAGGAAGCAGAAGGUUGUGGUGUAUCUUCAUCUUUUUCUUUUGAUUUUUCUUUUUACCUUGAGUUAUCUUUGUGUGCUCCUAAUCUUUUCUAUGUAAGGAUUACUGUGCUUGCAAUUGAGCCCUAUAUAGUGCUUAAUGAAAUGUUUGCAGGAGCGUAUGAUAAGUUACUCAAGGCGUUAAAUUCUUCUGAUGGAAGGAGAAUGGUCAAGCUUAAGACCUUGAUAAACUAGCGCUUUGCGGGAGGCAACCCGUAUUUCAUUAUUUUUAUUUUAGUCUUUUCUAAUUUUUGUGUGUUUUCAUUUUUCUUUGAUUCUUAGAGAGGUAAGGAGAGUACAUCUUAUGCUUGUGGGAGUUCUCUUGGUGCAGAUUUUGAUCUAAAAGGCUGAUUUAAAAGGAGAAGAAUUCGCUGGACUGCGUUCGAGUUCGAUCAGGAAGAGCUCGCCCGAUCGGGCGCGCGUAUGGAUCAGCAAAACUGCUCAAUUUCGACAGGCCAUAACUUUCUGAGAUGCAUUGCAAUCCUCGAGGCUUUGGUGACAUUAUUUU